UAUUUGUGUAGGUAUGCUGCUGUUUUUGCAGCCUUUAUUGCUGGUAUGACAUGCUUGGUUGUUAUGGACUUCAGUGCUAGAAUCCUUUCUUCUCUUGCCAGGUCUUUUGAGUACUCCAAAGACAAUGGGCCGUCUGUGAGAAAUCUUACUUUACUGUUCUCUUAUUUGUGCAUAUUUGAUGUCAUUGCAAGUGAUCUUAUGUAUGAUGUGCUCUCAGUGCUGAGCAAGCACUUGACAGAGUUGGAUGUCUCAAAUGUGUUAACCAUCGUACAGUGCUGUGGAAUGAAGCUGCGGGGUGAUGACCCAGGUACAAUGAAAGAUUUUACCAGUAUUCAGAACUCUGUAAGUCAGUUAAAAUUGUGCUCAGCUGGCCAAGAAGAUGGAAAUGCCAUACAGGUGGAAUUUAUGCUUGACACAAUAUCUGACAUUAAGAACAACAAAAGGAGGCCAAAAGAGGAUCCUUCACACCAUAGUCAUACACGUAUGAAAAAGUGGCUUCAAAAGCUAAAGUCAGAAGAUAUCCUCUUGAGCGGGCUAAAGUGUAGUAAGCUUUUGGACCCUGAGCAGAAAGGGCAGUGGUGGUUGUCCGGGGAUGUUUCAUCCACAGCAGGCAAUGUUGAAGAUGUUGCAGCAGUUAUCAGCAAGGAGGUUGUAGAGUCACAAAAACUGGUUCAGCUUGCAGCUGCCCAGCCGAUGAACAUAUACAGAGCAAUUCUUUGGGUCAUAAUGAGUGCUGAAGACUACGUGGAUGGUUUUGACAAGAUCCUGUGGCUGGACUUUUCCGGGAAGCAGGAUCAGCAAAUUAUGAGGAUCAUCGUUGACUGUUGUCUGCAAGAGAAGACUUUCAAUAUGUAUUACAUGGUUCUCGCUUCCAAGAUAUGCAACCAUGAUAAAAAUCACAAGUUAAGUUUGCAGAUCUAAACAUUGUGUAUUUGGGAUCGAUACAAGGAGUUAGAUACAAUGGAGUUGAAAUGUUGACGAUCCAUGAACCUUGCAAAAUUAGCCGCAGAGAUGCUGGUGAAUUUCUCACUGUCACUCGCGACGCUGAAGGUCGUCAACCUGGCAAACCCAGUAGAGAUGACUCCAAAACGGAUCAUGCAUUUCCAGAUGCUGUUCGAGACCUUGAUGCAGACAGAUGAUGCGCUUGUGUGGAACGUCUUUACCCGUAUCGCUGGGAUUCCAGAGCUUGAAAUCUUGAGAGAUGGGAUUGUGCUCUUCAUCAAACAGCAUGUGAUCGCCAAGGACACUGGGAAGGAAUUGCCUGGCAGAUUCAAGAUCGCAAAGAAAGCGCUUGAUAAUGCUGCUGGAGUUUUGAUGUAAUUUGUUUACCAUUUUAAGGUGGCAACUUGCUGCCCUUUUUAUGUCUUUUUGGGUCUCAAUUUUGUUCCUCUGAGAAAAAACAUGAAGAAAAAUCAUUCUUUCUCAGAAUGAUUUCUUAGAGUUUAUGAUCUAAUUUCUCAGAAUGUUUCAGAAAGUUGAUGGUGAAUAUACAUACUUUGAGGUGCAA